ACGGAGCAAGAGCGUCGGGCGUUCGCACUGCCAAUCAAAUUCAACAGCUGUCGCCGCUGCCACAACCUCUCCUGUUCUCGCUCUCGCAGCAGUACGGCUGCCUGGCUGGAGGAUCUGGGCUGGGCCUCCGCGGCUCCGAUCCGCUCUCACCGUCACCUGGCUCAUCUUGCUUCUAUCACGCCGGGGACGCAGGCCACACGCAACCAUCGUUCGAGACCCAGCGCGCCGGCCGGGCCCUCCUGGGUCCUGGCUCCUGCUCGCCGCCGCGCGGAGGAGCAGGGGCCGUUGAACCGUUCACGGCGGCGCGUCCGGCCGGGUGCUCUUCGGUGACCUCGGAUUCUGCGCUCUGUCCACCGGAAGCAGUCGACAUCUCAGGCGAUCCGCUCCAGGGUAGCUAGCUAGUCGGUAGUACAACAAUGGAGGUUGUAGGUGUUACCACGGGAGUGAUGAAGCCGCUCCUGGCCAAGCUCACCAAGCUGCUGGGCGAAGAGUACGCCAAGCUCAAAGGUGCUCGCAAGCAGAUCGAGUUCUUGAGAGAUGAGCUGAGCGCCAUGAGUGCCACUCUCGAGGUGCUCGCAGAUGCGGAGCAGCUCAACCCUGAAAGGAGGCUCUGGAGGGACAAGCUACGCGAGCUGGCCUAUGACCUGGAAGAUUGCAUCGAUGGCUUCAUGGCUCGUGUUGACGACGGCCGUGAUGGGCCUACGGGCUUCAUCAAGAAAUGCUCCCGCAAGCUAAAGAAACUGAAAGCGCGCCAUGAUAUUGCCAAUCAGAUCCAAGAACUCAAGGCCUAUGUAAUGGAGGCCAGCGAGAGGCACAAGAGGUACAAUUGCUUGGAGAUCCCUUCCAACUCUAGUACUUAUUGUGCUGUUGACCCUCGGCUGGCCGCGCUCUAUGUGGAGAUAGAUGAGCUAGUCGGAAUUGAUGGUCCCAAGAAGCAUAUCAUUGAGUGGUUAUCCAUGGAAAAGAAAGCCUCUUCAGCAGCACCUAAAGUCCUCUCAAUUGUUGGUUGCGGAGGCCUUGGUAAGACAACUCUUGCAAAUCAAGUCUACAAAAAUGUAAAAGGCCAGUUUUCUUGUGCUGCUUUUCUCUCGCUUUCUCGAAAUCCUGAUAUCAAAAAGAUAUUGCUAAAGAAGUCGAUAUUGCCAACAAUAUAUUGGACGAUGACGAGAAGCAACCCAUUGAUAAACUCAGGGAACACCUCGAGGAUAAAAGGUAAGCCCAGUCAUCUAUCUGUUGGGGGAUUGAUAAUUUUUUUGGCAACUAUAUGAAACAGAACUGCAAGCUCUACUUCCUGAUUAUAAUAAAAAAGAGUAUAUAGGGGCCCAUUUAUUAUUAA